AUGGCCUCCAGAGCCGCAGCAGGCGCCCGUCCUGGUGCCAGAUUCGCUCAGUUCAAACUGGUCUUGCUUGGAGAAUCCGCUGUUGGAAAGAGUUCGCUAGUAUUGAGAUUUGUCAAGGAUCAAUUCGAUGACUACCGGGAGUCGACAAUCGGCGCUGCCUUCUUAACACAAACCAUAUCUCUGGAUGAAAGCACGACGGUCAAGUUCGAAAUAUGGGAUACCGCCGGCCAGGAGAGAUACAAAUCGCUAGCCCCGAUGUACUACAGAAAUGCCAACUGCGCAGUGGUUGUUUACGAUAUCACACAAGCUUCGUCGCUGGAUAAGGCCAAGUCGUGGGUGAAAGAGUUACAACGUCAAGCAAACGAAAACAUUGUCAUCGCCCUUGCGGGUAAUAAGCUCGACCUUGUCACAGAAAACCCAGACAAGAGGGCUAUCCCAACCGCAGAUGCCGAGGCCUAUGCACGUGAGGCUGGUCUGCUUUUCUUUGAGACAUCAGCGAAGACUUCCUCAAAUGUACGGGAACUUUUUACAGCAAUUGCGAAGAAACUUCCUCUCGAUCAAGCCGGACCUCGAAACUUGCGCACAAACCCCCGUCCGGGUGUGGACUUGCGCCCAGAGGCCCCCGGCACUCAGGGGGCCAACUCCUGCCAAUGCUAA